AUGGACGAGAAAUACAAUGCGGCUGGAAUGGCAGAUACGUUGGAAGGUUGGUGGAGUUUGUGCUUUGACAGGUUUGACAUGACACUACCCGAGUGGUUAAACAAAGUAGCAAACAAGGAAAUUACUGAUGCUGAUAAGGUGAAUUUGUAUGUUGGCAGGGCAAACAUGGUUGUGGGCUCUACCAUGGUUCUUUGA